AUGGGUCUCUUCGAUAAACUACACUCAAAACUCGAACUCUACCGCCUAGAGCAAAAGUACGCUCGCCGCAAGAACCGCACCACAUUCUCCACCGGCGCCCAGUACGUGGACGGAGAAUAUGUCUACAGCAACCCAACCGACAGAAGUCCCACCAUGUCAACAAAUUCGACAGGGGAGUCUGCAGGAUCGUCAAACAAGAGACAGACCAUGUUAUGGACACCCCCUAGUAACAAGAGAUGGUGA